CCUUCUGUGGGUGUGUGUGUCAUUUUGUAUCUAAAUUAUUUUAAAUUUCUUGCAUUCCUUCUUUACUCUGAAAAUAAUCCAACUAAAGUUACUGUCUUUGUCUAAUAAUAUAUUGAAUUCUCAAUCAAGUUUUCUUUUAUUUUAAAAAAAUAUCAUUCACUUUGUUUUCCAUUAUAGGAUAAGAGUUUUCAAGGUGUUUGGAUUCCUAGAAAAUCCACUAUAUAAAGACCCAAAAAGGGAAAAGAAAAAACCCAAUCUUUUUCUUCAAUGGAGCGCUCAUUUUCCUUCAUUUUCUUGCUGUUUAUCUUACCAUUUGUAGUAUCCCAAGAGUCACCCAUUAAGACAAUAGUGGUUUUGGUAAUGGAAAACAGAUCCUUUGAUCACAUGGUUGGUUGGAUGAAACAAGGCAUAAACCCAACCAUCAAUGGUGUAACUGGUAAUGAAUGUAACCCCAUUUCAACCAAAACCCCAAACCCAAAAUCCGUUUGUUUCACUAAUGAUGCUCAGUUCGUAGAUCCAGAUCCAGGUCAUUCUUUUGAAGCUGUUGAACAACAGGUAUUUGGUUCAACUCCCUCCUCAUUCCCUUCCAUGUCUGGUUUUGUAGAACAGGCCUUCUCAAUCUCCCCAAACAUGUCUGAAACAGUCAUGAAAGGUUUCAAACCAGAAGCUGUCCCUAUUUAUGCAUCAUUAGUUAAAGAAUUUGCUGUGUUUGAUCGUUGGUUUUCAUCAAUCCCUGGUCCAACACAACCUAAUAGACUCUUUGUUUAUUCAGCUACUUCCCAUGGUUCAACUAGCCAUGUCAAAAAACAAUUAGCGCAAGGGUACCCUCAAAAAACAAUCUUUGAUUCACUUCAUGAAAAUGGUAAAGAUUUUGGGGUUUAUUUCCAAAAUAUACCCACAACUUUGUUUUAUAGAAACCUUAGGAAACUCAAAUAUGUGUUUAAGUUCCAUCAAUUUGAUUUGAAGUUUAAAAAAGAUGCCUUGAAUGGCAAGUUACCUAGCUUGAGUGUGAUUGAACCAAGGUAUUUUGAUCUUAAAGGGUUACCUGCUAAUGAUGAUCAUCCAUCACAUGAUGUGGCUAAUGGUCAAAAGUUGGUCAAAGAAGUGUAUGAGACAUUGAGGGCAAGCCCUCAAUGGAACGAAACGUUGUUGGUGAUUACUUAUGAUGAACAUGGUGGGUUUUAUGAUCAUGUUAAGACACCAUUUGUUAAUGUUCCAAACCCUGAUGGGAACACUGGUCCUGCUCCUUCUUUCUUCAAGUUUGAUAGACUUGGUGUUCGUGUUCCUACUAUUAUGGUCUCUCCUUGGAUCAAGAAAGGCACUGUGAUAAGUGGUCCAAAAGGACCAACACCAAACUCAGAAUUUGAGCACUCAUCAAUCCCUGCAACAAUAAAGAAAAUCUUCAACCUUUCUUCCAAUUUCUUAACUCACAGAGAUGCUUGGGCCGGCACUUUUGAAGAUGUUGUUUCCCACUUAACUUCCCCAAGAACUGAUUGUCCAGAAACAUUGUCAGAUGUUGUACCUUUGAGGACAACUGAAGCAAAAGAAGAUGCUGCUCUGUCUGAGUUUCAAAGUGAGGUUGUUCAACUAGCUGCUGUUCUUAACGGUGACCAUUUCUUGAGCAGUUUUCCCGAUGAGAUGAGCAAGAAAAUGACGGUGAAAGAAGCUCAUGAGUACACCAAAGGGGCCGUUUCCCGGUUCAUACGAGCAAGUAAAGAGGCCCUCAAGUUGGGAGCUGCCGAAUCCGCCAUUGUAGAUAUGCGAUCAUCGCUUACAACGAGAUCUUCGAAUCCGUAACUGGUUGAACUCGAAAACCUCGGUCCUCUUCUGUAUUUUAUCUAUCAACCCUCUAAAUUUUCUUACAGGUUUUAGAAAAAAAAAUGGAUGUUCUCAAUUAAAAUUUGUCAAAGUAAUAUGCAAUAAAACAAUAGUAUUUUAGUGAAAUAAGUGUGUUUGAAUCA